AUGUUAGAGGAGCUCAAUAUACGUCCAGCGAGGUUUGAUUUCGACGCGGAGAAGCUGAAGGAAGUUGCCAAAGGUCGUGCCGUUAGCGAGAGGUUUAAGUUGGACCUGUCUUUUACACGGCAUGGAGGAUUAUCUGCGAAAGAGCAAUUAGCAUCUAUUGCAACGGUCAACUACUUAUUCGACUCGAUGUACAACGCGCCGGGCAUCGAUCUCAGCACACUUCGCGCUAAGUUCUCCUCGGAGUUGAAAUUUCCAGCGGGAACUCAAGCGAACUCGAACACUGGGGCCGCGUACACAUUCCACGGAGCUGCCGAUUAUGUGCUAUUUUUGGUGAACAAUUCUGUCAACUUGGAUGACAGGGAUAUCAGCGAUCUGAAAGCGGCACUAAGUCUUUGCGCGAAAAGAUUGGUUGUUGUGGAGGUGAAGAGCUUCGAGACCGUUUUCAAGCCCCAACACAUUGCAGAGGCUGUUGCACAAGCUAUCAUUCCAAGUAGGCGCUAG